CACAUACUUUAGACCACACCCGCUCAAACAGGAAGUACAAAUGUGGACCCGUAACUGAAGGAAUCUAUCAUGUGGAGCUAUUAGGACCCUGGUCAACCACAGACGACUCCAUUGCCUCCCAAACAAGGACCGCUGUGUAAUGGCUGCUCUCGGGGCUUUUCUCCCCCUCGCCGCCUGUCUCCUCAUGGGACGUCCCGGGUCUGCUAAGAACGACGCUCCCUGCCAGCUCUCCAAAUGGAACAACGGCUUCGACACUUUCAUCAGACGCCACGUCCGCUCGGGCACUCCUGCUUCUCUGGACCAGAACCAAUGGGAGAAGUACAUCAAGUCCAUCGGGGGCUGUGACCGACCCACACAGUCCUUCCUGCAGCCAAGCGACCUGGACAGGGUGAAGGCGGUGUGCACGGACCAGGGGGGCGCGAUACACAAGGACAACCUGUGCAUCAGCCGGCAGCCUUUCACCUUCGUCACGGUGAGGAGUGCGCCGGGCACGUGCGGGAUCAGGAGCGUGCGCGUGGAAACCAAACAUCUGAUCCUGGCCUGCGAGGAGCUGAGCAACAAGUGCCUGCCGGUCCAUUUUGAGGGAAACCCUGUAGAUGCAAAGCCAAAUAACAACGCCAGAGGGUGCCAGGGCGCACGCUCUGCCGAUGGGGCUCCCAGCUUCAAAAUGACGUGGCUCUGGUUGUUAUUGUCUCUUCUGGUUAUUGUUUAUGGCUACCGACGUUAAUUUGAGAAACUAGAUCGGACAAUAAGACUUCUCCACACGUUUCAGAGAAACCUCAUGCUGCAUUAAAUGUUUUUAUAUCUAUAUAUCAAUCUUAAAUCCGCGACAUAUCAACCAAAUGUUUUGAAAGGGAAACACAUUUAUGUAAUGUGUUAUAUUCAACUAUGUUAUGCUGACGAUAUUAAGGGAUUUCAUUUUAUUUAAAGUUACACUAAUUAAUGCAUGAAUGGUACAGAUGUGUAUUUUACAUUUAAUAUGCAUCAGUUACUUUGUAAAAUGGAUUACAUGUAAUUGUAUAUGGUAUGAAUUAAUAAACAAGACAUUUUGCACUACAA